AUUAGAACUAAAGAGUAAAACCCUCAUCACCUUUUAACUCUUCUCAAUCCAUUCUCUUCUUCUUCUGUUUCAUUACACACACACUUAUUGCAGAAGGAAAUUAAGGAGAAAGAGAGUCCGAGAGAGAGAAAAAAAGAUGCCUUAUAUAUUUGAUCCUUUGGACAUCGUAAUCCUGGACCACCGCAAGGAGCUUAAGUGCAGAUACCUUCAGGUGUAUAUUGCGAAUAACACAUUGUUUACAGAGCAAGCGCGUAACAAAAGGUUUCUAGAGCGUGAAAGCUUGCCGGUCCUCCUCGAUAAUCAGAAAUAUUUCAUGAAGGCGAAGAACGAGUCCAAGUACCUCACCGAUAUUGUUGACAAGGUUGAGGAAAUCCUUUUCGAUCCUGAUCCCAUCGAUCUCGUCGAUAUUUUAUGGAUUUAUGUGGUCGCCCCCUCAAAAGGUUCUAAAGAUUGCGACGUCUUCCUUUGGUUCUCGUCCGGAAGGUCAUGGAAUUUGGUGCCCAUACGUAGGUAUGUGGAAGCAUGGAUAGACGCAGAUGAUAAUUAUGAAUUGAGGAACUUUACUGUGAUAAACAGUUUCAGUGAUGUCACUGCUAAAUAUUUAUGCAUUCGGAAGUAUUGGGAUAAGGAGCUGGAUCAACCGUUGGGAAAAGGAGCGUUUGGAAAAGUGUUUCAAGGGACAGCUAAUUAUGGAUCCGGUCAUGGAGAGACCUCGUCUCAGAAGUUUCCUUUACUGCGAAAUGCCAUCUUAAAGCUUCCACAGUUUACUUUCGCGGCAAAAAGAGUACCUCUUUUUUCCGAAGAACAGGUUUAUCAACUUCAACAGGAAAUUGAAAUUCUGAGCGGGAUAAAACAUGAGAACAUCGUGGAAUGUUAUGGAAGCCUUGAGAAUGGAGGAUAUCUUUACAUGUUCAUGGAGUAUGCGCCUGGAGGAUCACUUUUAAAUUUUUAUAAACGGAAUAAGCUUGAAGAAUCGAUGGUCUCUGCCUAUAUGAAAUGUAUUCUACUUGCGUUGGUUCACAUUCACGAUAAAGGUGUUAUUCACAGGGACAUCAAAUGUGCAAAUAUACUGAAAUAUUCAGAAAAACAUGUGAAACUCGCUGAUUUCGGGCUUGCGAAGGCCGCCAAUGAGGAUAAACCACGCCAAGGAAGUCUAUUUUGGAUGGCUCCUGAGGCCGCUAGAAAUGGGGGAUAUUGUUGUGUAUCUGACAUAUGGAGCCUUGGUUGCACUUUCGUAGAAAUGGUUAACGGGAAGUUUCCAUACAUCAACUUGAACAAUGCUGUCGAAAUCGAGAGGGCGAUCAAAGAGGGUAAACCACCGAAAAUUGAGAAUGAUGAUCUCUCUAAUGAUGCAAGGGAUUUUAUUGGCAAGUGUCUACAAGCUAACCCAAACGACCGGCCAACUGCUGCUAAACUAUUGAAACAUCCAUUUUUAAUGCGUAGCCAGCAUCUCAACAACCAAUCAUUGCAGCUGCCGAAGUCCAUGGGCAACUAAUUUUGAAGCUAUGUUGUUUCAAAAAAAAAAUAAAAUUCAAAGCUAUGUUGUUUGGUCAUAGACUUUUGUAAUUGUACUUCAUCCUUAACUCUUUCUCUACUUUUUUUUUUUUGUGAAACAGAACGACAUAUUCUUUGUUUUUAUUUUUGGUGUCUCUUGUUCGGUUUGCUUAAUUGUGGAUGGUGGUGAUUGGGAAUUCUAUAUAUUCGACAGCGUCAAUGUGGAAUUCUUGA